AUUUUAAUUGUUUUUUUUAUAUAUUUUCUGGGCAUAAACCUAAUAUUCUGCUUUAACAGAAUCAUGAUUAUAAAAUAUACGUUGUAUUUUGCUGCUAUAUUAUUUAUUGCUUCGCCUACAUACGCGGAAGUUUUUCAAAGUUGUGAAAAUGUUCACGGGAAAAAUUUAAGCCAACUUACAGGCAAUUGGACAACAUAUAGAGAUGGUGGCGAUACUGUACAACAUUAUUUGAUUGACAUUUGUCAAACUGUCAAUCAGGCUGGAUGUGAUGGAAGCUCCAUAUGUUGGGUGCAAAAUAAUGGUGUGGGAAAAUCUCUCGGGGACGCUGCCAUGCCUCCAAAUGUUAUGUACCAAUCUGCAUCAUCUGUUAGUUUCUACCUUGAAUACAACACAACAAAGCUGUGCCAAUCUAAUUCAAAUGGAACAUUUUUCUACAGAAGUAGCAUUACUUUUGAAUGCGGAAAAACUUUGGGUUCCCCUGUUGUAAUAUCAUCAGACAUAUGUAGUGUGGAUUUUAUUUGGGAGACGAGUCUAGCAUGUCGUACUUCGGAAUAUGAUGCUAUAAAUGAAGUCCGAUGUUAUGCCUAUGACUCCAAUCACCAUAAAAGAGACUUAGAGAGCUUGAUUAAAAGGGUCGGAGGUCACAAGGUCACUGACCCCACUAGCUCGAUUUCGGACAAAAUUUACAUCAACGUUUGUCGGGAUAUUCGCUCAGUAGGUGGCGACAGUGAGUUCAGUAAUGUGGGUCAAUGUCCGGAGGGUUCAGCUGCUUGCUUAGUAAAAGAAGGUGUGGGUUAUGCCUUGGGUUUCGUGGGAUCACCUUUGAGUAUUGGGGAAAAUAACAGAAUGGUAUUAACCUACCACGGAGAAGCAAGCAACAGUCCCCCAGAAUGUUUAGGAAACAUUCCUCAAGUUAAGAUUAACUUUGUGUGUCCAGGUGCUGAUAGAGGGGGUAGCAGACCCCCAAUUAUAACAAGUUCAACCAAUUGUCAAUACUCCAUCGAGUGGUGGACGGAAGCUGCGUGCAUCACUGACUUUGUAACAAGCACGACCUGCGGGCUUGACCUUGCACGUCAUGGGGUUGACCUUGACCUUUCACCUUUGACCUUGCAUGGUAAUCAUUACACUGUAAAUAUUCAUGAUACAGCAGACACUGUUUUUUACAUCAAUGUGUGUGAAGCCACUGGAACUUCGUGCGGUGCUAAAAGAGAUAAAACUAAGAACACUGUAUGCCAAACUACAUCAAGCAACACGCUUGGAUACAUAGGGGGUGAACUAGAUGGUUACAGGGUGAAAUAUUUUGACGGACAGCUCACCCUCACUUACAAAGAUGGCGACCGUUGUCACGGCAACGGCUUUCGUCGCACAUCAGUGAUUUUAUUCCAAUGCAAUAAAACUGCAGGCGUUGGCAGCCCUAUUUUCAGCCAUGAGUUACACUGUACAUAUUACUUUGAAUGGCAAACAAGUCACGCUUGCAUUGCUGCUGAUCCAUCAUGUCAUCUAGUGGAUGAAAAAGGACAGAAUUACGAUUUAUCCCCUCUCACAAGAACAUUAGAUUCACACAACACAAACUGGGAAGUACUGGAUGGCAGUGAAACAGCUUCGAAUAACAGACGCAGAUAUUUUGUUAAUGUUUGUGGAGAAGUAAUAAGAGAUGCUGACACCGUAAACUGCCCACCAAGUUCCUCUGUAUGCCUUGUACAAGGUGCUAAUACUCCACUGUCGUUUGGUUCUUUUUCAAGAUCAAAGAUCACAGCUAAAAGCAACACAAUAAUGUUAAACUAUACUGGUGGUGUUUGUGCUUCUGGUGGAAUGAAAACCGCUCUCAUUACAAUGUAUUGUAGGCUUGGUGAUUUGGAAAGUAGUCCUGUGUUAAAGUAUCGGUCCUCUGAUGAUUGUGUGGUGUCUAUGACAUGGCAUACAGCAGCAGCUUGUCCAUUGAAAACAGUGACAGGUACAGGGUGUAUGGUCAGUGAUGAAGAUUCUGGUCUGACCUUUGACCUCAGAAGGCUCACCCAAUCAGAACACAUGUAUAAGAUACCAGUUGGAGAUUAUGAUUAUUACCUUAAUGUAUGCGGGGAGCUUAAAAACACGCCGUGUAAUAACCAGAACAACCAUCCUGCUGUUUGUCAGAGCAAGAGGUCGGGUCAAAUGAGGAGUUUCACUACUGGUCAAGUAUCUGAUAAGCUCACAUACUAUGACGGCUUCAUCAAGCUUGUAUAUACUGAUGGUGACUCCUAUAGCAACAAACUACACAACAGAUCAACUCAGAUUUCAUUCCUAUGCGAUAACUCAAGAGGUGUCGGACAUCCUGAGUUUGUGAAUGAAGGAAAUUUUACUUAUCUGUUUAACUGGUACACCUCAUACGUGUGCCCUGCUGCAUCUGUCCAAUGCAUGGCAACAGACCCAAACACAGGCGAUCAAUAUGAUCUCUCAUCUCUUGCUAAAUCUGAGGAUAAUGAAGAUGCCAACUGGUCAGCUAUGGGGGGAGAAGACACAGUUAAGGGUAAAACGAAAUAUUACUUGAAUGUAUGUCGUCCUGUUAAUGAAGUUCAAGGCACCAGUGCUAUGGAUUCAUGUGAUGCAUUAGCUGCUGCUUGCUCUACAACUGUGGAUGCAAAUGGACAGGAAAAAGUUGGAAUUUCUAAUCUUGGUAAGCCUACCAGUGCUCCAAUUAUAGAAAGCAAAGGCCAUUUAUCUAUUACAUACACAAAUGGAGAAGCAUGUGUGGAAAACGGAGUUUCAAAAAACUUUACAACUACAAUUCAUUUUGUUUGUGUAAAAGGAGCAAUCUCGAGCACACCCAGCUUCAUUGAAAAAUCUGCAUGUUCUGUCUCUUUUAUGUGGAACACUGAAACUGCUUGUCCAAUCACAUCCAUUACACAGGGAUCAUGUGAGGUCGUUGACCCCAACUCUAGGUUGACCUAUAACCUUCGACCUUUGAUGAGGAAGGCUGACAACCCAUACAGGGUGGAUGGGGUACAUGGGUACCAAUAUUAUAUAAACAUAUGUGGAUCAGUAUCAAGCUGCCAAGCAACCACUUCACCCAUAGGGGCUUGUAGAGUAGAAAGUUACACAAAUGCUAUUGAUCAAAAAGCUACGAAUACGAGUUCAUUAUCUUAUUCUGAUGACGGGCAAUUGUCAUUAACUUACCAAUCAAGCCAAAGAAACCAAGACGGUAGCUUUCUCACAUACGUGGUAAACUUCAUCUGCAACCACACAGUGGCAGUAGGGGAGCCCAAACUAACAGACGUAGACGGACAUAUCAUUCGGUUGGAUUUUCAAACCUCAUUGGCUUGCCAACCAGAUACAGUGGAUUGUAUAGUAGCAGACGACAUGGGUAACCAGUACGACCUCACCCCGCUAUCCAACCCCAACCACCCAUGGGAUGUUGUAGACACUCAAGUUUCAAGACGAUUUUAUGUUAGUGUGUGUCGCCCUUUACCUGCUGUAUCUGGAUGCCCAGGAGGAGGUACUGGUGCCUGCUUUAUACAGCAUGCAACAGACAACACAAUUCAAGGUCACAGCCUAGGUCUCAUCCAGUCUAACCCAACAGCCGUCACCCAGAAUGGUACAGCCUCGACAGUGAGCAUAAGGUAUAUGGGAGGAGAUGUUUGUGAGGCCGACCAUACCAUGAGAUAUUCUACAAGAAUUUUGUUUAUUUGCUCCACUACUAAAGGAAGAUCCCCUGUUUUACAACCAAACAGUGACACACCGUGUGAUUUUGUUUUCGUUUGGGAAACCCCAUUUGCUUGCCCCAUAAAAAAAUCAAUCACCAAGAAAGGUCACCCAUGUUCUGUAGUUGAACCCCUUUAUCAAAUGACCUUUGACCUUUCAACUAUGACCUCUACGACAGACUACACGGUUUCUGGAGGCACUGAAUGGGAUUUCAAAUUAAACAUUUGCUCCAAGCUAAAUAAUGGAAUAGGUGCUUGUGAACAGUCUGGUGCAUGUCAGGUAUCCAAGACUAAAGCAAACAAAGUCCACACUGCAGGAAAUCCAAACACAACCCUCAUUUACGAUGAUGCUGUUAUUAAACUUACAUAUUUACAUGGUGAGCGUUGUCAUAACAACCAAUUUGAAAGAACGAGUGAAUUCCGCUUCACCUGCCAUCACCACGGCAACGAUAAACCAACUUUUAUCAACGAAACACAUGACUGCACAUACCUGUUUGAUUGGCCGACACCGAAAGCUUGUCCACCAAUCAAAAUCAUUGAAUGCACUGCACAGGACAGCGAAGGUCAUCAGUAUGAUCUUUCCGCUCUGUCGCUCAUGCACGACAAUCACAUGAUCAGCAGUUCCCAAACAGGUCGUUCAUAUUACAUCAAUGUUUGUCGAUCUAUGCUACAUCGUCCUACUGUUACUUGCCCUCCUAAUUCAGCUGCUUGUGUAAGAAAUGCAGACAAUAGCUUCACAAAUCUUGGUAGUGUGGAUAGUAGUCCUCACUUCGUCGACGGAAAGUUACAACUUUGUUACACUCACGGUGACAACUGUCGCGGCAAUCAAAACUACACGACAACCGUCACUUUUGAAUGCAGUCAAACUAGCGCAGUACAGACUACCCCUAUAGUUACAAGCACGGAAGAUGAAUGCAAUGUUCAGAUAUUAUGGACUACAAGCGCAGCAUGUCCUGUGCAACAGGGAAAUACACUGGGUAGUUGUAAAACUUCAAACCCAGCAACUGGUCAUGAGUUUGACUUAUCUUCACUUGAAUCCACGACUUUCCACACAACCCAAGCAUUGCAUGGAAAGGAAUACCACAUCAAUGUGUGUGAAAAAGUAAAUGACCCUCACUGCCCAGCAAAUUCAGGUAACUGCUUGCAUGGCAGUGGAAGUUAUAUUUCUUAUGGAGAAGCUAAUGCAAAUUUAACAUAUACUGAUGGUGCAUUAGCUCUUGUAUAUGAACAUGGAGAUAUAUGCCCUGCUGAUGACAGAUACAGACACAGCACUGAGAUAAGUUUCGUUUGCCAUCGUUCUACUUCACCCAACUUACAAGCUCCCGAAACCCCAUCUACGACCCCCAUACAUAUAUCUGAUGAUGAAGACACGUGUACCCACUACUAUACAUGGUCUACAUACUUAGCGUGUGAACAACAAUUUCCAUGCGCUGUUAAUGAUAUGACUUCUGCAGUUCCGAGAAUCAUAGACCUUUCUCCAUUUGUGCGCGAAUCCGGUCACUACCCUACUAUAUCCAACAUAGUGGGUGACAGGGGUACCUACUUCAUCAAUAUAUGUCGACCCUUACAACCCAUACAAGGGGUCACAUGCCCCCCGGGGUCAGCGGCUUGUGAGGUUAUUCCAGGUCACCAACCUCAGUCUUUGGGUUCUAUUGACCCUACCCACCACUCGAUGUCAUAUGAGAGCGAAACGAACACGGUUUCAUUGGUUUACCACAGUAAUCGACGAUGCACGACGUCAAGUAACGCUACGGCAACUGUAACGACACAAAUCGUGUUUUCGUGUCUUCAAGGUGCUGGGAAGGGUGAACCCCGUCUCACAGCUGUAACAUCAGAUUGUGUUUAUUUAUUCUCGUGGCCGACUGAUCUCAUAUUGUGCGACUCUCAAACAACAUCUCCCUCAAGUGGCGAAUGCAAGUUUACAGACGAAGCUAAAAAGUUGACGUAUGAUCUUUCAAAACUGGAGACAAAAACGAUAACAGACACAAUUGGAAGCAUCCAAGUUUCGUUAUGUCAACCUCUCUCUAGCCCCCCUGAGUGUCAGGGAGCUGCCGUUUGCUACGAGGACACCUCUCACCACAAGGUGUCACUAGGGAGUGCAUCGACACGAACUUUUUCUGCCGGUUUUUCGUCGGAAUAUCCGCUAACUGCUCACUAUGCAGAUGGGGCAGUAUGUGGAAGAACACCAAAUAAACACCGCAGUACAACUAUAUUGUUUAUUUGCGAUAUGAAUCCUACUGAACCUGAACUAAUACAUAAUGGAGACGAAUGUCUAUAUACUGUGUAUUGGAAAACACCGCUUGUAUGUCCCCCUGUAUCGGAAAGUUGUGUGGUUGCAGACACCACUCUGGGUUUGACCUUUGACCUCUCGUUGCUUUCCUCGCUCACUCAUGCAUGGCAUUUCCGUAACAAUGGAUACUCAUAUUAUUUCAACUUGUGUCGAGCUGUACAUACAACGGGAAGCCACCAAUGUAAAGAUGGAAGUUCUGUUUGUAGGAAAAAGGGGGCAGAGGCGAAAAGUUUUGGAAUUGUGUCUUCGCAAAAAACGUCAGUAGUUUCAGCGACUGAAAUAGAAAUAACAUAUACUGGUGGUGACAAAGGGUUGUGUACGAGUGGUACUGCCCCGUUAAAGACAAUCAUACGUCUACAAUGUUCACCCACUAUUAUGGGGAACCCACAGUUUGAAAGUUUUUCUGAAAAUAGUUGCGAAUUACGAGUCGCAUGGAAAACACGAAUCGCUUGUUCUGAUUCGCCGACUUCUGUUACGCCUGAUCGCACAGGAAAAUUCGUUGACCCCAAAUCUGGUGUCACCUUUGACCUUUCACCUCUGAUGAACAAAAGGUCCUGGGUAGCCGGGGGUGAUUUACGCGAAGAUACGAGCUCGUACAAAUACAUGAUUAGUAUCCGUGGUAACCCGGACAUUUCAUCUGUAAACCCGUCAUACAGCCAAGCAUGUGGGGAUAUUGCUACCGUGUGUCAGUAUAAAAAAGAUACAAAUUUUGUGCGAAAAAUUGGCGAGUUGUCACCACAUUCCCCAACCUAUGUUAUGUCAGACGGCACUUUAGAGUUAAAUUUCACAUCUAAUGAUAAAUGUGGAAAAGAUCCAAAGAAAACAAGUUAUGUCAUUAUUUCUCUAAGCUGUGGGGAUAAUGGUCUUGGUUCACCUACAUUUUUCUACGAAUCAAAUGAUUGUGGAUAUUAUUUCCACUGGUAUACAAGUGUGAUGUGCGCAGAUAUUGAAAUUGUUUCCAGCAAUAAAACCAACAGUCGUUCCAACACACCAGUAUCCAACCCUGGUUCUUCGACUGGGCAACACUCAAAUGCUGGUGGAAUUCGUGGCUGGAGUUUUUGUGACCGUCGGGGUUUUGUUUAUUCUCGUAAUUGUGUUCCGUAACCCAGGACGACGGAUCGUAGUAUCACGUGCAGUGAAGCGCGUCGUAUGUGCUCCCUGUCCCUCUAGUGAUGGCGUUAAAUAUCGAUAUAUACGGAGUGGGGAAAAUGAGGAGGGAACGUCACUUUUCGAUGACGACUUGCAGGAAGAGACAUCGCUAUUAGCUACAACCUCUGUUCUACAUGCUUCAGGUGUGUAUGUUUUAUUAUAUAUUUUU